AUGCUACGAAUUCGACCUCAUUCACUAGCCAAAGGCUUAUAUGCUGGUAUCCGGUGCUUCUCCUCCCCGACUAGGCGCCAGCUCAUACCCGUCCAUAUUUCUGGCCAGGGAAAUGGCACUGUGCAAACAAUAACUGUUCCGGGCAAGCCGUUCAAGUUCUCGACCGACGCCUACACAAUGAUGGAUGGGAACGAGUCUCACCCUUCACCGAUUAUUUAUUCGCUGGCUAGCCUGAGCUCUUGUAAUCAAGUCACAGGCUCUGUCGUCGCAAAUGAACUUGGUAUCGUAAUUGGCGGGUGGCUAGUUACGGUGGAGGGGAAAUUGCCGACCGCUGUGUUUCUUGAAGGAGAGAAGGGCAAUCCGAACUGGGAAAGCGUUGCGUUGAAAGUGCAAGUGCAAAGCAACUUGAUGGGCGACCACGAUCCUAAAUUCCAACACUUUGCUGCAGAGGUCGAACGGCGUUGUCCCAUGACUGCGCUCUUCAAGCGCAGCGGGAUGCAGUACACAAGCGAAUGGAUAAACAAGCCGCUACAAUAG